GCCUCUGUGGGCGACGCUGCCACCCCUCAGUCUAGCCGGCCUCGGGCCUGCGGACCCCGCGCGGCCCUGACAGCGUUUCUCAGGGUGCAGAGCCGCCGCUCCUUCCCCCGCCUGCCGCCUCCCCGGGGUGGAGGUCGGGACCCGGUAGCUAAGGGGUUAAUUCGGGAAAAGCCACCGAGAGGCGCUUCCUAGAGAGCCAGGGGAGGCGAGUCCCGCUUAGGCUGCGCGGCCUCGGGAUUCGCUUGGGGCGCCCAGGGCGAGGCCGCGAGGCGCGGCUGCCCCGAGAAGCCUGUGCACCUGCGCCCAGGGGUGUCCUUGCUGCUGGACUGGCUGACGCGACCUCCCCUCCAGGAAUCUUCUGCGGAAACAGCUCCAGCUGCAGGGAGGCCCGAGUGCGGCCCGGGUCCAGGAUGGCGGGAGAGUCCGGGGAGAGCGCGGCCCUGGACGCCCGGUCCGCCGAGGACCGGGCUGGGAUCUUGGCGGUGAAGGUGGAGGACGACGAGGCCCCGGGGCGGGAGCGCUCCCGCCAGCGCUUCCGCGGGUUCCGCUACCCCGAGGCCCGGGGGCCCCGCCGGGCGCUGAGCCGGCUCCGCGAGCUCUGCCGGCUGUGGCUGCGGCCCGAGACGCACAGCAAGGAGCAGAUGCUGGAGCUGCUGGUGCUGGAGCAGUUCCUGAGCAUCCUGCCCGCGGGGCUGCAGGCCCGGGUGCGGGAGCUGCACCCGCAGAGCGGGGAGGAGGCCGUGGUGCUGUUGGAGUAUCUGCAGAGGCCGCUGGAGGAGCCCGCGCCGCAGGUUCCAGGUGGUGACCAGAGCAUGGCAGUGUUGACACCAUCCCACAGGUCACAUAGUCACCAAUUCCAGCCGAUGAAGACUCUGCUCAAGCAUGAACCCAUGGGAUCCCAGGCCUUACCAGACAGAGGUAGGGAGGCCGACUGUGGGGGUAGAUCUCAUCCAGAGCUCUCCUCAGCUCUGCAGGUUCCUGGGCUUGCCCUGGGAGGGGACCUCACAGAAGACGCAGUGGUGGCUGCCAGGCACACCCCAGAAUCCCAGGGGUUGCUGAAAAUGGAAGAUGUGGCUCUGCCUGUGUCCCCUGGACGUUCAGAGGUGGAGUCACCUCAGGUGAAGGUGUGUGGAGAUGAAAGGCAGGACGACGGUGGCGCUCUGACCUCCCUGGGUGGUGAAAUACAGACCAAGAUCCAAGAGUUGCCUCUAGCUGAGGAGCACCUGGAACAGGAGCCUGGGCAGAUACCGUGCCACCUGGGUGAAGCCAUUGCCAAGAUAGCUACAUGUGCAGGGGCCAGUGAACUGGAGGGCAGAUUACAAAGAAAGCAGAAGACCACCGCUGGGAGGAGGCGGCACAUUUGCCAUGAAUGUGGAAAGAGCUUUGCUCAGAGCUCAGGCCUGACUAAGCACAGGAGAAUCCAUACUGGGGAGAAGCCCUAUGAGUGUGAAGACUGCGGCAAGUCCUUCAUCGGGAGUUCGGCCCUUGUUAUUCACGAGAGAGUCCACACUGGGGAGAAGCCCUAUGCCUGUGAAGAAUGUAGCAAGGUCUUCAGUCACAGCUCAAACCUUAUCAAACACCAGAGAACACACACUGGGGAGAGGCCCUAUGAGUGUGAUGACUGUGGGAAGACCUUUAGCCAGAGCUGCAGCCUCCUUGAACAUCACAGAAUCCACACUGGGGAGAAGCCGUACCGGUGCAGCGUGUGUGGCAAAGCCUUUAGGCGGAAUUCACAUCUCCUGAGACAUCAGAGGGUCCAUAGAGAUAGAAGUGUUCAGGAUGCUGAGCAUGGAGAGACUUGGGAGAGUCACGGGAAGAGAGAGAGCCAGGAGGGGGAUGUUGAGGCUCCCGUGUCUUAUAAAUGUAAUGAGUGUGAGAGAAGUUUCACUAGGAACAGAAGCCUUAUUGAACACCAGAAAAUCCACACGGGUGAGAAACCCUAUGAGUGUGAUGCAUGUGGAAAGGGCUUCACCCGAACUUCAUACCUUGUUCAACAUCAGAGAAGCCACGUUGUGAAGAAAAUUCUGUCCCGGUGACCCAUGGCUUAGGUGCCAAAGUUGGUGCUCCUUCCUCGUUGAAUUGAAGCCACCCUGGAGCCCUUGCUGACCACAGAGAUUAUGGGCUGGGGCUUCAUUUGCCACAGGUUAUCAGGUGGUGUCGGAGAUCUGCCACACUCUAGAAGAUGACUGGAAAAACACUUGUUUGAAAAGAGGCUCUGGAUUGUUGUCUGGAAGAGGUAGGACCUGAGACGGUUUCUUCCGACCUGUUGAACUUCAGGGGCUUCCAGACUGGCUCCUCCCCCUGAGCCACCACUUUAUGACAUUCCUGGGUCUGUGGCUCUAAUUGAGGGCUGCUGCUCUAGUCAUUCGGCCCAUAUUUAAUCCUUCACCAGUGGGUUGGAUCACUGACGUGCCCCCAUGGUGCUUUGUUAGCACAUAGGUGCUACGUGUGAAAUGACUUUGUCUGAAACUCUGGAGUUUCUAACUAAGGCCAUCAGUGUUUGUGUCUGAUUCUCUGAUGUUCUAGACUCAGAGGUUGAUGUAGUGUAUCUGUUGCCAAAUACAUAGGCUUGUCAGAGUUGGGGUGGAGCUUUCAUUAAAAAUGCCUUAAACAGC